AUGGCCAUUGGCAAAGGUUUCAAGCUCUUUCAUACCCUUUUCUUAGUGAUUUCUUGGCAGUAUUGUGCAAAAGUGGGUGCCACUUUUAGUGAUGUCACUGGUGUCGUAAAUCUCGAUCAUCAAUUUUCAUUUCGUGCCUUUGCAUCACAUGACACACAAGCACAAGAUGGAAGCAUUGCUCUAACCCCGGAGGCUGCAUUAGAUGGAAGCAUUGCUCUAACCCCGGAGGCUGCAUUAGAUGGAACAUCGGAAGGAAGCAGCGUUGCUCUAACCCCCCCGGAGGCAGCAUCGGAAGGAAGCAGCGUUGCUCUAACCCCCCCGGAGGCAGCAUCGGAAGGAAGCAGCGUUGCUCUAACCCCCCCGGAGGCAGCAUCGGAAGGAAGCAGCGUUGCUCUAACCCCCCCGGAGGCAGCAUCGGAUGGAAGCAGCGUUGCUCUAACCCCCCCGGAGGCAACAUCGGAUGGAAGCAGCGUUGCUCUAACCCCCCCGGAGGCAGCAUCGGAUGGAAGCAGCGUUGCUCUAACCCCCCCGGAGGCAGCAUCGGAUGGAAGCAGCGUUGCUCUAACCCCCUCGGAGGCAGCAUCUACAACAUCUGAUGGAAGCAGCGUUGCACCAAUUGGAACCGUUGCUCAAAUCCCGGAGGCUUCAUUGGAUGGAAGCAGCAUUGCUCAAACCCCGGAGGCUUCAUUGGAUGGAAGCAGCAUUGCUCAAACCCCGGAGGCUGCAUUGGAUGGAAGCAGCAUUGCUCAAACCCCGGAGGCUGCAUUGGAUGGAAGCAGCAUUGCUCAAAUCCCGGAGGCUUCAUUGGAUGGAAGCAGCAUUGCUCAAACCCCGGAGGCUUCAUUGGAUGGAAGCAGCAUUGCUCAAACCCCGGAGGCUGCAUUGGAUGGAAGCAGCAUUGCUCAAACCCCGGAGGCUGCAUUGGAUGGAAGCAGCAUUGCUCAAACCCCGGAGGCUGCAUUGGAUGGAAGCAGCAUUGCUCAAACCCCGAAGGCUGCAUCGGAUGGAAGCAGCAUUGCUCAAACCCCGAAGGCUGCAUCGGAUGGAAGCAGCAUUGCUCAAACCCCGAAGGCUGCAUCGGAUGGAAGCAGCAUUGCUCAAACCCCGAAGGCUGCAUCGGAUGGAAGCAGCAUUGCUCAAACCCCGAAGGCUGCAUCGGAUGGAAGCAGCAUUGCUCAAACCCCAACCAUUGCACCAAUUGGAAGCGUUGCAUCGACCAUUACACCAAGUAGCACACAAGCUUGAGAGUAAUUGUUAAUCAUGGAUGUUUCUUUGGCUAUUAACAAAGAAAAACGUAAGCCAAACAACUAUUUUGUAGGCAAAUUCAUUAUUUCUAUAUUGUUUUUCUAAAUGGAAGGAUUUUCCAAAAAUUUUUCU